AUGGAUCCGCACAGACAUCUAAGGUUGCCGCGUAAUCAGUACGCUCAUCGUGCAGGGCGAACACUGGAGGUGGUCGGGCCCAACAGUCAGUCAAUAACGCUGAUAACAUCCCCUAGUGGGGGCUUACAGGCGAUAGACUGGUCGAAGGCACGGGAGCUGCAGACGCAGCGUCUGAACAAGCAGCUGCUGCAGCAGCAGGAUGACAGCCUCGUGCAGCAGAUAUCCCUCAUCAACUCGAAGCCCGUCGAACUGUGUGUUGUAUGCGGCGACAAGGCAUCAGGUCGUCACUACGGCGUCAUCAGCUGCGAGGGAUGCAAGGGCUUCUUCAAGCGCAGCAUCCGCAAGCAGCUGGGCUACACGUGCCGUGGCCAGCGGGACUGCGUCGUCAACAAGCACCACCGCAAUCGCUGCCAGUACUGCCGGCUGCAGAAGUGUCUCGCCGUGGGCAUGCGCUCAGACUCGGUGCAGCAGGAGCGGCGGCCGUCCGGACAGUUGGUGAUCGAGAAGGCUCCGUCGUCGAUCACGCAGGACAAGGUCUACGUGCGCAAGUCUAGUCCGUACGCGCAGAACUUCAAGUCCGUCUUCUCUCAAAAGGAUCUACAGCUGGCCUGGGGAAACGGGACUGCGCUACUCACCAUGGCAGGAGAAUCUCGAGAGCAUAACCGCCUGGCGCCAUCUUCCAGCAACUCUGAUCUCAGCACACUAGCGAGCGUUGUCACGACGCUGGCUGCCAUGAAGGAGCGCACACGCAGCGACAGCGCCGCCUCCGCUAAUGGCGAAAUCAUUGAUGCAACGAUGCCAAAAACCCCGAAGAGCGGCAACAACAGCGCGACACGGGCGUUCGACGCGAUGGCAAAGUGUAUGAACGAACAGCCGAAUUCGGGUUCGAAUCCACUGGCUUUCAUCGACAUACCUGAGGACGAGCAACACGACACGAUCAUCGAGAUAGAUGGUCCGUUGUUAGUGGAGAGCAACGUGUCGUUCACGCUGACGACUCCGUCACCGAUGCCCGCCUACCUGAACGUGCAUUACAUCUGUGAGAGUGCCUCGCGCCUGCUCUUCCUCUCAAUGCACUGGUCUCGCGCCAUCACUGCCUUCCAGCUGCUGGGUCAAGACGUGCAGACGGCGUUGGUGAAGAAUUCGUGGAACGAGAUCUUCACGCUGGGCAUGGCGCAGUGUGCCGACGUGAUGUCGCUGUCGACGAUACUCACAGCUAUCGUUAACCACCUGCAGUCCAGCAUGCAGCAAAACCGGCUGAGCUCGGACAAGGUGAAGCUGGUGACGGAGCACAUCUGCCGCCUGCAGGAGUACGUCACCUGCAUGAGCCGGCUGCAGGUGAGCGACACGGAGUACGCCUACCUCAAGUCUAUCGUCCUCUUCAGCACGGACACGCCCGGGGUGACUAACGCCAGGCAGGUGGAGCGGUUUCAGCAGAAGGCGUACAGUGAGCUACGGGAGUUGGUUGCAGCGAGCAGCGACGACCUUGAUAGACUCUCCAAGCUCUUACUCAGAUUGCCCGCGCUGCGGUCGCUGUCAGCGAACGUCACAGAGGAACUCUUCUUUGCUGGUCUCAUCGGCAAUGUUCAGAUAGAGAGCGUCAUCCCGUACAUCCUGCGCAUGGAGACGACGGACUAUAACUCUCAGCUGGGCACCGUGCUUACGUCACCGUAACAUCACAGUAACGUCACAGACAGUGAUUCCUGGCUGGUCACCGUGCUCACGUCACCGUAACAUCACAGUAACGUCACAGACAGUGAUUCCUGGCUGGUCACCG